AAUAUAACUGCUACAGUAAAAACUGCAAAACAGCAGGAAAGUCGGGCAGCUAGCAGUUGAUGUGAAUAAUACUUGUUUUGUAAUGUUAAUUACGAUGAUCAUUUUUGUUUCAUUUCACGAGUGAAGCCUUACAAUCAAACCUUAUAAUUUCCUGUGUGGCAUAUGUGCUGACUGAAACAAUUACUUCUAAUUAGGUACCUGAGCGAAGAAAGACAACGGAGAAACGUUUUGUGAAUGUGGUAGUGAUUUUUGAUUUUAUGCAGUGAACGGGUCUGUUGUAAAAAGUGCUAACGGAGGUCCUAUCAAUUCUUUUGAAACUGAUGAAGGAUAAGCGCGACACACUACUAUUCUUCUAGGGCCAGCUCGGCCAAUACAAUAUUUAGUACCGUUAUUAAAUUGAGAACAAAAUUUUGACGGUGUUAUGGAAUUCAGUCACAUUCUUAUUUGAUCCGUAUCAAAUUCAGUAAAACUAAACAUAAAUCGAUUGCCUCACGAUGGGACUAUUGUUCGCAAAACUUUGGAGUCUGUUCGGGAAUGAAGAACAUAAACUAGUGAUGGUCGGACUGGAUAACGCUGGCAAAACCACCAUCCUAUACCAGUUCCUGAUGAAUGAAGUUGUCCAAACCAGCCCGACGAUCGGAUCCAACGUGGAAGAGAUUGUGUGGAAAAAUAUUCACUUUCUAGUGUGGGAUUUGGGAGGCCAGCAAAGUCUACGAGCAGCUUGGAGCACAUAUUACACAAAUACGGAGUUUAUCAUCAUGGUGAUCGACUCAACGGACCGUGAACGAUUGGCGGUGACGCGGGAAGAGUUGUACAAAAUGCUGCAGCACGAAGACUUAACCAAGGCUAGUUUACUUGUGUACGCAAACAAGCAGGACUUACAAGAAUCUAUGAGUGCAGCUGAAAUUUCCAAACAGUUAGAUUUGACAUCAAUCAAAAAGCAUCAAUGGCACAUACAAUCGUGUUGUGCGCUGACAGGCGAAGGACUCUACCAAGGCCUGGAAUGGAUAGCUCAGAGAAUUAAAAAGAAAUGACACCAUCCCAUAUAGUGAAACACUUCAGCCAACCUGCGAUAGUAGUAAGCUAAUCCAACAUGCCGGUCACAAAACCCUCUGUAGGCAAAUCUACCAUUUGUAAAAAAACAGCGUCAAGCGCUUUAACCCGCUUUAGGAAGUGAUUAGAAAAGACGUAUAUUUGACUAAUGAAUGGAACUCCGAUAAUACUUCAUUAGAAUAAAUCCUGUCCGUUUCCCUUCCAAUUCCAAUUCGUUAAUGAUGGCGUACGUAACCUGAAACUCGAAAUUACUAACAUCUACCAAUAUCACAACAAGCAGAACAGGGAGAAAACCUCACAAUUACCCUAGCACUUGUUGCAUUUUCCCUACCCAUAAAUAAGUGUGUUUUUCUCUGAUUAUAAUUUUAUAUAGAUACGAAAGAGUUUAGAAACGAGAUCAAUAAGAUGGAAAAUUUGUUCGUGCAUAAUUAGUUAUUAUAAAAACCUUCAAAACCUGAA